AUGACUUCCGACACCCCCGUUUCCUCAGGCCAGUGGGUGCCGCGUCGGCCCUCGAGGAGAAAUAGGCUUCAAACGGGCACCUUCAUUAUACCUAGCACCGGCCAACGAGCCCGACGACACCUCUCCCUCCGCGCUUCCCACGCGAGCAACGAGAACUCACCCACGAACUCUUUCCGGUCCGUCUUCACCCAUGGCCACACCCCCAUACGAGAGCGCAUCGCGGCGCUCAUCCAUAAUCUCGUUGCCCUGGCCUCGCUCAUCUGGGCCUGGCUCCAGUCUCCCAAUGGCAAAGCCGUGUUGAAAUGCUCAAUCGCCUACGUGCUCGGAACCACCGCUACCUUCUGGGAUCCCCUCGCCGAUUUCCUCGGUCGCCUCGAUGGUAAGCACAUCGUGGCCACCAUUACAGUCUACUUCCACCCCGCCCGAACCGUCGGGUCCAUGCUCGAGGCCAUCUUGAUCUCCAUCGCCGCCGUCCUCUUUGCCCAGACGGUUUCGUUGCUCGCUAUGGCCACCUCGCUUGUCCUUUCGACAAAGUUCGGAAUGGUCGCCCUGGCUCGGUUUGUAGUUCUUAUAGUAUUCAUCGGCGGCGGUCUCGGCUUCUCUGGCUGGGUCAAACAAAAAUUUAGCAAACCGCUCGUCAAUGUCGCUUGUACUCUAGCGUCCAUCGCCAUUAUAACCUCGAUUACAAAAGAGGAGGUAGUUUAUGGCGGUCGCUUCUCAACAGCCAAGAACGAGCAGGUCCUUAAGAUGCUUAUACUUGGCAUCACCAUUACGUCCAGCGUCAACAUGCUCAUUUGGCGAUCCUCCGCCCGCAAGGCUCUCCGGAACGCCAUGUCAAAGGCCGUUGUCAGUCUCGGCGACCUCCUGGCUAUGAUCACUCGAGGCUUCCUGACCGGGUCAGAGGACGAAGUGAAUUCGGCUGACUUUUCCAGCACCCUCGAGCAGUAUAAUUCUGCUGAUAAGACACUACACCAAGCCCUACGGGAAUCCAAGUUCGAGUACUACUUCCUAGGCCGUGAGAAACAAUAUGUCGCAGCUAAGGCCAUUGUCGCCAGCGUCGAGAAGCUUUCCCAAGCCGUCGGCGGUCUGCGGUCCGCCUGCGAUGCCCAGUUCGUGCUCCUAAAGGAGGCACCUCCGGGCCAGGAACAGCCGCCGCUCAUGUCGCCGAACACAAGCUUCACCCGCCGACCGAGCCUGAACCGCUCGGUUUCGAGCUUCCUACGCCAGACCCGUGAGCGAGUAGCAGCACUGGACUCGAUUACGGAGUCGGUCGAGCUAGACCGGGAGCCCAUCCUGUCUCCAGACCUCGACGUCUCCGAAUCGGGAAUCUUGCCUUCCAUGUUCCGCAUGCCGUCGGAGAUAUUCGAGGUGUUCAUCCUUACGCUAGGACCAUCUAUGAAAUCGUUCGCGUAUACACUGUCCGAGAUUCUUCGUCAACCACCCUUCGCCUCAGCCGCACAAGGGUUCGAGAUCAUCGUCAACGAAAACUUCAAGACGAGUCUCGCCGAGGCCCUGGCGCUCUACGAGCAGGCUCGCGCCAGCGCUCUUCAAGAUUUAUACGACAACAUUGAGCUAGAGAAGUCCAGGUCCGAGGACGUGCAGGCCGACAUCGAAGAGGUGGCUGCGGCCUGCAGUCAUUUCAGCUACAGUCUCCAGACCGUCGCGCACGAGAUUACCGCUUACCUCGACGCCAUUGACGAUUUCAAGUUCAUCGUCGACUCCAACUUCCGCAGCUGGGAGUGGCUGCAGUUCUGGAGGUACCUCUGGAAGUCGGGCAAGUCCCGCGCCGUUGCGACGGAGGAUAUCGAAGCCGACAAUUUGCUGCCGCCGGCUCAGCAGAGGGUGAGACGGAUCAGGAAAUCUGCUGUUCCGCAGGGUAUUCCUGAUGAGAUGUUGAUGCGGAGGGAUAACUAUAAUUGGGAUGCGGCGCAGAACACGAGCGAGUUGGCGAGAAAGGUUGCGAAGAAGUUUAUGGGGCUACUACGAUGGCUGACCAAGGAUGACAUUCUCUUCGGAAUCAAAGUAGGCAUCGGAGCCAUCGCCUGGGCCGCCUUCGCCUUCAUCCCCACCACCCGCCCAACCUACAAGCAAUGGCGAGGCGAAUGGGGUCUCCUCACCUACAUGAUCGUCAUCGCAACCACAGUCGGCGCCAGCAACACAACAUCCCUCGCCCGCUUCCGCGGCACUGUCAUCGGCGCCAUCUGCGCCCUCACAGGCUGGCUCCUCAGCGACGGCGACGCCUACCUCCUCGCCUUCUUCUGCUGGAUCAUGUCCCUGUACAACUUCUACCUCGUCUUCGAGACCCAGAGCGGCCAGCUGGCGCGCAUGACGCUGCUGACCUGGAACGUGUCGGUCCUCUACGCCUUCAGCCUCGCGCGCGAGCUCUACGACGACGACCAGGACGACCUCGACGAGGACUCGAGGCCGCUUAUCUUUGAGAUUUGUUUUCACCGCUUUGUUGCCGUAACGUUAGGGAUUUUGUGGGGGCUUGUCGUGUGUAGGAUUAUUUGGCCGUUGUCGGGGAGGAAGAAGUUUAGGGAGGGCGUGUCGGUGCUGUAUCUCCAGUUCGGGCUCAUUUGGAAGAGAGGACCUUUGGCUGUGCUGUUGCGGCAGAAUAACUCGACGGGUUACCUGAGGGCCGGUGAAGAAGCCGCUCUCCGACGAUACGCCCAAAAACUCGAAACACUUCGCACAGCAGCCCAAUCCGAAUUCUCCCUCCGCGGCCCCUUCCCCAAGGAAGCCUACGCCCGCAUAAUGCAAUCCACCAACCGCAUCCUCGACGGCUUCCACGCCAUGUCUCUCGCCACCAUGCGCCGCGCGCACCUCAGCCCCGGCGAACGCGCCCUCCUUGAAUACACGGCCCCCGAGCGCGCGCUCCUCUGCGAUCGCAUCUGUCUCGUGUGUCAGGUCGUCGCUAGCUCCAUCAUGCUCGAGUAUCCGCUUACGGACACGAUACCGAACAUUACGGGGGUGAAGGAUAGGUUGCUGGGGAAGAUUCACCAGAUUAGGAAGCAGCAGGCCGAGAUGGUCGAGAGGGAGCUGGAACAGAGGCGCGGCUCGUUGCGGAACAAUGAUGGCGAAGCACCGCGCCACAAGGAGGAAGAGGAGAUGGAAGAGGAAGACAUCACCGCGAGCCCCAUUAGUCCCACGAGUCGAUCCCCCGUCCGACAGCGCAGACGCAUCCCCUCCCCCUACGCCGAACGAAGCCAAAGUCGCGGCCGCCGCCCCGCACCACCACCACUCCCUUCUCCACUUACGAGGGAGAUGUCUUCUUCCGCGCAAACGCCGGGGCUCGAUUCCGCGUUGACGGACGGCGGACUCGUCGUCGUCAAGGAGAGGGAUUAUGCCCUGCUGUACAUUUAUACCCUACUUACCGCGCAGGUGGCGGAUGAGUUGAACAAGGUGUUGAAGGAGAUUGAGGGGUUAUUCGGGGUUCUUAGCGAGGAGGCUUUGCUUUUGCAGUAA